CAGUAUAUCGUUCGUCUUAUGGAACUGAUUAAUUGUGAUCGUAUUGGUCAUUACACACCCGUGUAGAUAAACAUUGUUGUUUUUACAUUUAGUGCUGUUUAACGCGGUUUUUAUAAUCAUCUCGGUCAUAAUUACAUUUUAUAAUUGAGUUGUUCAAUGACGAUCGAACGACAGGAGAUCACGUUUUUCUAAGUUUGUCGGAAGUUCUUUCAUUUUAAUUGGUAAAAUUUUCUUUCAUAAUGGACGCAGUUAAAGCUUUUACAAUUGAGCUCUAUUCCAUUAUGGAUAUGAAACCACCAAUAUCAAAAGCCAAAAUGACAGCUAUUACACGAAAUGCUAUCAAAGCUAUUAAAUUGUACAAGCAUGUUGUGCAAUGUGUUGAAAAAUUCAUUCAAAAGUGUAAACCGGAAUACAAGAUACCUGGUCUUUAUGUGAUUGAUUCAAUAGUGCGUCAGUCAAGACAUCAAUUUGGAAAUGAUAAAGAUGUAUUUGCACCAAGAUUUGCUCGUAACCUUAAAAUUACUUUUUCACAUUUAUUUGCUUGUGCAGAAGAAGAUAAGAGUAAAGUAAUACGGGUUUUGAAUCUAUGGCAAAAAAAUGCAGUAUUCACUACGGAUGUAAUUCAACCUAUUUUUGAUUUGGCUGCUAAUCCAGAAUUUGAAGAUCAUACUCAAAUUAAUCCAUUAUCAUCAAUUGAAAAUAGCCCUAAACUAAGUGUAAAAACUGAUAUUUUCAAAAGCCAAGAGAUUACACCCAUCAAAGAUGAUCCUUCGAAAAGUUUUGAUUCUUUACAGAACUCUGAUGAUAAUAAACAACUAGAUCCUGCUAUUCUUCAGCAUUUGCAAGCAAUUCAAUCUAUAUUAAAAAAACAACCUGGACAGUCAACAUCAUCUCCACAAAUUAAAAAAUCUGAAACAGUAAAACUAUUUGAUAAGAAACUUUUAGAUUAUGAUUAUGGUGAAGAAGAAGAUGACACAUUAAAUCAGUCUCCUCAAUUUCAACAACAACAAUUGCAGCAUCAAAACACUUCUAUAGAAGGAUUAGACAGCCUUUUGAAUAACCCAGAAGUUCUGCGCACAUUGCGCAAUGUUGAAGGGCUUAUGUCCACUCAAUCUAAACAGCAGGCUGAGCUGGAUAAGAUAAAAGAAAUGAGAAAAGAAGCGGAAUUUGAUAAACAUCUUGCUCAAACAGUACAGAGUUUACCAUUUGCUUCAGAGUGUGAAUUGAAGCCAUCUCCAGUUAUUCCACAGUCAAUUAGUAUGGUUACUAACCCUUAUACCAAUCAACAAUACAAUACUCAAAUAUUUCAACAACAGCAACAACCAUUGUUAACUUCUGAUGCUCAUCAUAAGCCAGUUCAACAAUUAAUGAAUUAUGAAGGUUCAAAUCAAACUAAACCAGAAGUAAUUGACCUAGAUCAUAUAGCAUCACCACCACAUAGCAAGCGGGACACAAGGCGUGAUGGGUAUUCAACUAGUUCUUCCAGAAAAAGAUCACCUAGGAAAAGUAGUAGAGAUCGUCAGCGAGAACGUGAAAAAGAACGUGAACGAGAUAGAGAAAGAAGAAAAAAACAUUUACCUCCCUUUAAAAGAAAUCAUUUAGCUGUUGUAAGUACAACUCUUUGGGUUGGUCACCUUUCUAAACUAGUUCAUCAAGAUGACUUGUAUGGAUUGUUUCAACCAAUUGGUGAUAUUGUAUCACUAAAUUUAAUUUCACCAAGAGGAUGUGCAUUUCUGUGCAUGAAUAGAAGACAAGAUGCUGCACGUAUCAUGAAUAAAUUUCAAGGAGAAAGAUUACAAGGAAGACCUAUGACUAUUGCUUGGGCUCCUGGGCAAGCCAUGAAAGAUAAAGAAUGGAAAGAUUAUUGGGAAAUUGAAGAUGGUGUUUCAUAUAUACCUUGGGAAAAACUCAACAAAGAUAUUGAUUAUGAUGAACUUGAAGUUGGAGGCAUGUUAGAUGAAGAAACUAUGCCAGAUUGGUUAAAAAUCCAUUUGAAAAAUUUAAGAGCUACAAAGAAGUAUGAAAAAAAAGAAGAUAAACAAAUAGAUGGUAGCUUACAGACUUCUAGCACAUCUAAUGUUAUUGAUCAACAAGGUGGACAAUCUUCUCCUGGUGUACAAAUGCAAAUGUCACCGGCACAAAAUACUCAAUCAAAUCAAAUAAAUUUUAAUAUACCCCCAUCUAUGAAUAUGUCUAACCCUUUUGGAAUAAACCCUAGAUUAAUUAACCCUAUGAUGAACCCUAUGAUGCCCAAUUCAAUGACACCUCUAAGCAUGGGUCAUCCAUCAAUGAUGAUGAUGAACAGAAUGCCAAAUCCAUUUGGACCUCCACCUAACAUGACAAUGAUAAGUAACCCUCAACAGAUGGGAAUAUCUAAUGAUGGUCAAAAAUCAUUAGGUGUACCACCUCCUGAUAUGGUUAUGCCCUUUCCUUUUAAUAUGAACCUGCCUACUCAAGCUGCUAUAUCUUCUGCUCAGUCUAUAAUGGGAGUAACUCCAUCACCUAUUACAACUAGUGGUAAUACUAUAACUUCUAAUCCUUUAAACUCUAAUCAAACUGAUAAUUUAAAUACAGGAACCAAUCAAUUAGAUCCAUCAACAAUCAUGCAGUUUAAUUUACCUCCACCUCCCACACUUCCAAAUUUGUCAGAUUUUAGACUUAAUGAACAUAAUUCAAGUAUGAGUAAUGAGAAAUAUGACUCUAGUACAACCCAAGAAGAAACAAGCAGUAAUAACAGAAACCUUGAAAUAGACAAUAAUCACAUCCAUGAUAAUAGAGAAAGAGGAGAUAGAUUUAAUGAGAGAGAUAACAAAAAUGAUCGUGGUAGAAGGAUUGAUGAUAAUCGACAAGAUCCUAGAAAUCGUAAUAAUAAAGGAGGAACUGAACAAAAAGAACGGAAAUCAUCUCGAUGGGGCGAUAGAGAAGAAAGCAAUAAUCAAAAUCCAAAUGAAGGAUUAGGUAUGAUUCCACCUCAAAAUAUUGUCUCAAUUGAUAAUAUAAAUGAUAUGAUAAUACAACAAACUAACCCAUUACAUCAAAUUCUUAAACAUGUGAUUCAAGAUAACAUUGGAAAUCCUGGAUUUCAACCUGAAAUUUUUGGGCCUAAUGGACCGAUUUCUAAUCAAAUGUUCAAUAUGCCACCACAAAGUUUCUCUCAAGGGUUAGGACAAGAUGGACCAAGAUUACCUCUUUUGGAUGCUGGUAACAUGAGAGGCAGGGGAACUUGGAAUCGGGGUAAUCGUAGAGGAUUUAGAGGACCUGGUAGUUUUAACAAUAAUAGUGGUGGACCAGUGUGGGAUUCUAAUAAUGAGACUAAUUGGGAAAAUAAUGCUGGGCCUAAUUGGGACAACAAUGGUCCUCCCGUAUGGCAAAAUCAACAAAAUAUUCAUAGAGGAGGGAUGAUGGGAAGAGGCAAUAUAAGACCACCUUUAAUUGGAAACAUAUCUCGUGGGCGAGGUAGAGAUGUUUGGUUGGAUAAUAACUUAUCUGGAGGAAGAGGUAAUCGUGAAGUGGACAAUUGGAGUGGCCGUAAUACCCGAGAUUCAGAUAGAUGGGGUCAUGGUAGUCGAGAUUCUGAUGGAUGGACAGGGAGAGGUAAUAGACCAUCAUCUUGGAGAGCAGCUAAUGCUGGACGUCGAAGAAAUGAUGAUAGGGAAGGACUACCAAAUCAAAAACGAUGGAGACGGGAUGAAAAUCCUGAUUGGGAUGAGCAAAAACCUUGGAAAAGGGGAUCAAAUGAAGAAAAUGAUUGGUCAAAUAAUAAACAAGGACCCCCUUGGAGUAAUAAAAAAGAUGAAGGGAAUCAUUCAAAAUAUAAAAAUCGUGAAAAUAAUGAUGAACGUGCUAAUAGAAGACCAAGCAAAUGGAGUGAUAAAGUAAUUGACAAUAACAUCAAAGAAGAUGGUUUAAUAUCAACAGAUAAUACUGAAGUUAAGGAAAAUGUAAUUCAAGAAAAUUUACCAACAAGUAAUUCUAUGGACAUAGAUAACAAUGAAGAAGAAAAUUCAAAUAAUUUAGAACAGUUACCAGAUAAUCAAAAAAUACAGGUAUUUAACAAAAGUGAAAUAAGAUCAGAAAAUUUUAAUGAAGAAAAUCAUGAUUCAAGUGAAUUUAAUAAAAAAGUGUGUGAUAACGAUCCUGAUUAUAUUGAACAAUAUUCCACAGAAAAUAAUGACUUAAAACAGUCAGAAAGUCAAUUAAACAAUUUUAGGAAUAAUUAUGAAGAAUCAGAUAGCUCAUGUAAAAAUCAAUUAAUAAAUAAUUCAAAUGCGGAUCAAUAUAAUAUUGAAAACCAAAAUUAUCAACGUAGUCAAUUUGAAUUAGAAAAUAAUGAUACUUCUAAAAAUGAGAUUAAUACACAAUGUGAAAUUGAAUCAAGUAAUUCUUACAAGAAAAAUUAUGCGAGUAAUGAUUUGGAAUCUUUAAAUCAACAACACGAGAGUAUUGAUACAGUACCACAUUUUAAUGAAAAUGAGGUAGAAGAAAAUGCUAGGGAAUCACAAAGUAAUUUCUUUUUUGGUUCUGAUGUUCAACCUUCUAUUGAUGAAACUAUUGAAUCAAAAUCUACCGAACUUUCUAUUGCAGAAUCUAUAAUUUCCCAAAAUAGUGAUGUGCUCAACACAAAUAUGUUGGACACAAAUGAUUUGUAAAAUUUGAAAACAUAUAUUGUAAAUUAUCCUUUUAAAAUAUUAGACGAUAAUUUGAUUGUUAAAAUUGUAUAUGGACUUUGAACAGUGCA